UCUGACGGCGCCGCCAUGUUGGUGAGGGCAAUAACGGCGCCCGGGCUGCGCCGCUGGUGCCGGGGCCGGCGGGGCGCGGCCGCCGCCUGUUUCCCGCUGAACCGGGCGCUGCUGGGCGUGCGGGGCGCCGAGGCCGCCGUGUUCCUGCAGGGGCUGCUCACCAAUGACGUCACGCAGCUGGUGGCGGCGGGCGACGCCCCCCCCGCGCUCUACGCGCACGCGCUGAACGUGCAGGGCCGCUGCCUGUAUGACGUCAUCCUGUACAGGCUGCAGGGGAGCACAGCAGAGGAGCCUGACAUCCUGCUGGAGUGUGACAGCAGCGUGCUGGAGUCCAUCCAGAAACACCUGAAACUCUACAAGAUCCGCAGGAAAGUCUCCAUCACCCCCUGCCCUGACCUCUCCUUGUGGGCUGUCAUCCCUGGGGAGCAGCCUGGGGAUGCCAACUCCCUCCCAAAAUCUGCAGACCAGGCUCUGCUCUUAACUCCUGACCCCAGGGCAGAAGUCAUGGGCUGGAGACUGAUUGCAAAGAAAGGAGCAAAUCUGUCAGAGAUCAUCCCUGGGAGCCAAGUUGGAGACGUUCAGGAUUACCACAGGCACAGGUAUAAACAAGGCAUUCCCGAAGGGGUGAAAGAUCUGCCCCCUGGAGCUGCCCUCCCUCUGGAAUCCAACCUGGCCUUCAUGAACGGCAUCAGCUUCACCAAGGGCUGCUACAUCGGCCAGGAGCUGACAGCCAGGACCCACCACAUGGGCGUGAUCCGCAAGCGCCUGCUGCCCGUCACCUUCCCCGAGCCCCUCCCCAGCUCCGGCAUCCCCGAGGGCACCGAGAUCCUCACCGAGGCAGGGAAAAGGGCUGGCAAAUUCCGUGCUGGCCAAGGAGAGCUCGGCAUAGCCCUGCUGAGGCUGGCUCACGCCAAGGAGCCGCUCUGCAUGCGCCUGGCGGGGGACACGGUGAGGCUCCGAGCCAGCACGCCCCAGUGGUGGCCCAAAACUGCUGCUAAAUGAUGAGGGAGCAGUGUUUGCCCUGAGGAGAGGCUGGGUUGUGUGGGGAUUUGGGAAUGCUGCUGUUGGUUUGGGGUCUGGCAGGAUUCCUCACGUGGGACUGAACAGCGAGAACCCAAAGCUGGGU